UUGAGUUAGAAAGGUCGACGUUGUGCUGUGCUGUGCUGUGCACGCCCUUAACUUUAAUACCACAUUGGUGUGUUUUUUUGUGUUAUUUCUUACGUCAUGAAAGCAAAACUCUGAUGCGCGAUGUCAAACGAAAAGGUACCUGGAUACACCGUGGACGACGUGAAGAAAUUAAGCGAUCUCAGACAGGCGAGAAAACUGCUCAAGGAAAACCACAUAAGUUUGGAGGGACUGCAGAGUUUGUGGGAUUGUAAGGACAGACUUAACCAGUACCUGAAAAAAUGCAACGACCCAGUGUCGAACGACGGGGCGUUCACUCGGGGAGCCGACGUCCUGCAAGAGAUUUUGCAAGAGGACAAAGAAAAACGAAACGAGCUGUUGAUGUUAUACACAGAGGUACAGAGCUACACGAAGACAAUAAACGACAGCAACAAGGAACAUUUGAAGAAUAAUGUCGAAUAUUAUGAGCAGAAACUAGUAGAUUUCGUCUCUCAGCUCCAGAAAAACGAUUGCCCAAUCUUGGUAGCUGGCGAGACGUCAUCUGGGAAAAGCACGUUACUUAACCUCAUCUUAGGCGCCGACAUCUUGCCAGUCUCGCUACUUAGCUCAACGUCCGUGAUUUGUGAAUUGAAAUAUGGCGACAAGAAGCGAGCAGUCGUGCAUAAAGUUGAUGGGUCAAAGACAGAGGUGAAUGACCUCGGGGAUGGCGAAGCGGACUGCCUAGAGAAAUUAUCUGUAUAUAUCCACAUGGAGAACGACCGCGAGAAAGGGUCGCCGUAUAACAGAGUUGAAAUAUUCUGGCCAUUUCCAUUGCUGCGGGGUGGUUUAUUUAUAGUGGACAGUCCUGGGAUCGGGGAAAAUCGAGAGAUGACUAAACAAGUAAUGGAGUAUCUUCCCAAUGCAUUUGGGUUCAUCUACGUCAUCAACAGCGCCAAUGCCGGUGGUGUACAGAAAGACAGGUUGCAAAAACUUCUCCGAAGCGUUGCCGUUUCCAAUGACGGAGAACAGCUAAAAACCUUUGACCCAAGAUCGGCCAUAUUUGUGUGCAAUAAAUGGGACCAAGUGCCGGCUAAUGAGGAGGAGUUGGUGAAAAAGGACACGCUGGAUAAACUUCGUUCGUGCUGGACAGGUCUUGAAGACGAACAGGUUUUCUUUGUGUCAACCCAAAAGGCCGCGACCUCUAUCAAAGCAGUAGGAUUCCCAAGUAGUGAUUUUGAUAUGUUACUGGAUGGCAUUCAAAAACUUCUGCCGAUCAGCGUAAAGUAUAAAUUGCAAAUAUAUUACGAUUGGCUAGCUUAUCUGAUGUCCCGGUCAGCUCUGCAGUUGCGUACCAAGUUAUACAAUGCUAGUAUGUCCGCCGUGGAAAUGGCCGACAGAUUUAAAUACAUUCAGGAUAGGCUUGCCAAGUGCACACUAGAUACGGAGCGGGUGUUCAGGGAGAUAGAAUCGGACUUAGAAAUGCGCAAACGCGAAAUUGUUGACUCGUUGCUCCACUAUUUGAAAGUGGAUUGCAGGGAUGCUGUGUCUCACUGGACUGAAGCCGAUGGUCCUGAUUUGAAGUCAUGGGACGCCUUGCAGAAGCAUGUCAGAAUGCUGAUAUUGAGGCGGUUAGAAGGUCUGGUUUACGAAUGGGAUGGAGAUAACAUGUGGUUUCAGAAGUCUAGGCAGCAGCUUCAGGUCGAUUUCAGGAAGAAGUUUGGGCUGCUACAAGACUACCUCUCUGAAGUGGAAGAAGCUAUGUCUGUUGGACGAUCAUUCGAGCUGAAACCAUUUGGUGAACAUGACAGUCUUCCAGCCUCGAGUGGAAUGUCAAAGUCGACCAAAAUCGCUCUCGGUGCCUCCUCUCCAAUUCUUGUUCCCAUAGCGGUGGUUCCGCUGGCAUUUACGCCAUCCACCGGAAAGUAG